UCUCACAGUUUAUUAUUGAAAAUGUCGCAUGAACAUAGUACAAUGUACAAUAACGGUACGAUGAUGGACAUGGGCGACAUGUCGGCGGCCAUGCAUAUGAGUCUGUUCUGGGGCAAAGAUGUGACCAUUUUAUUCGACGGAUGGCCGGAAAACCGCCUGGGCAUGUACAUACUGUCUUUGGUGUUCAUCUUCUGCCUCGCUUUCAUCGUCGAGGUGUUGUCUGCCUCUCCUCUGACGGCGGCGCCCAUGCCGCCGCUGAGAAGCCCGGUGGUUGGUGCCGCUAUUUAUGCCGUUCGCGUCGCUCUGGGCUACUUGGUUAUGCUGGCCGUCAUGUCUUUCAACAUUGGAGUGUUUGUCGUGGCGGUGGUUGGCCAUGCUUUGGGCUACUUUUUAGUCAAGUUUCGGGCGCGAGCCGCCGCUCCUCCGCCGGAGACUACCUCCGACAACACUACUAAAGUUUAAUGUGUUUGUGGUAAUUAAUCGGUAAAUAUA